CGCGGAGAGAGAGUGAGUGAGUGAGAGAGAGAGAGAGAGAGAGAGAGAGAGAGAGAGAGAGAGAGAGAGAGAGAGAGAGUCAGACAGACAGGGAAGAAAAAAAAAAGAAAAAGUGUAGCAAGCGGGCUCUCAUUAUUUUCCACCCACUACCCACUCAACUCAAUCGACAGAUGACCCAGAGCCGUGUUUAAACAUAUAAAAGAGAGACUGCUGCCGGCAUGGUGCACUAGAGCUGGGGGACAGUGCUGCAGCCCUACCUGGGGGGGCGAAGUGUCUUCUAGUCUGCGCUGCGUUAGUGUUAGAUUCAGUGAAGGCACCAGGGAGGCCAGGCAAGAGCCGGGACAGACGGGUGCUGAGGACAAAACCAGGGCUAGAGGGCAGUGAGGGGGUCUCGCCUUCGCCCACCCUAUCAUCAUGAGGGCACUGCGCUCCCCAGUCUGCGUGGGACUCCUACUGGUCAUCCUGACUGCUGGCUCGUGCAGGAAAGGCAGCAGGGAGGGCAGUAGUCUCCUGGAACUGCUGAUGGACACUGGCAGAGCAGCACAGCGACAGCACGCAGACCAGAGCCAGGCCAGCGGUCAGCAUCCCCCCAAAAGAAACUAUUCCAUAGAGACGGGGGAAUUGAACGAAGUGAACAAGUCUUAUCAGCACGAUCAAAUACUGGAGGUCUUUCCCAGAGAUCUGCGGCAAAAGGAAAAGUUCCUGAAACAUUUAACAGGGCCUCUCUAUUUUAGCCCCAAAUGCAGCAAACACUUUUAUAGACUAUAUCAUAAUACCAGGGACUGCACGAUACCAGCCUAUUAUAAAAGAUGUGCUCGGUUACUCACAAGGUUAGCGGGCAGUCAGCGGUGCUCAGAGGGAUAGACCUUACAGAGUUCAACAGACCUGAAGAAAUAAAGAGAACCAAGAAAAAAAAGUGCCUUGGAGAAGAACAGGGAAAUCAGAUGAACUCAGAAAAUCCGUAUUUGUCAUCAUUUUUUUUUUCAAAUGAAAUGGAACUCAUCCAUAGAUUACUACAUACAGUAUCAGGCCAGUCUUCUUGACUGGUGAAAUUAAUGUUAUCACUGAACUUUCUGAUAACUCUUAUGGUGCAAGUGAAGAUGAUGUUUUACAGAGAAGCAAAAGAAAAAUAUCCUGCUGCCAAAAGACUGUGGACAACACAGUCUACUGCAAAUGCUUUUAUGUCUGUUGAUAUGCCUUCACGGAUUGUGUUUCCAUUAGUCUUGGUCAUUUAGCUCGGUAAUAACCAUUAUUUGCUGAGUACAGCUUCUGGUCGAAUACUCUUGACAACCUCAUUUACACUCCUCAGAACAAACCCUCAAUCCAGUGAUUGAGUUCCGAACUGCAUGGUGAAUUCUUGCCUUUUUUUUUCAAGACAUUUCUUUUGGCGGAGAUUAGUGACGAACAGUGCUGGGCGCAGUUUAUUCCAUGAAAGACAAAAAAAAAAUCAGCAUUCUUCUGAAAAUGAAUGUCACAUAGUAUAUAAUGUAUUUAUAUAUUCAAGCGAUUGUUGAACGUAUAAACACCCCAGCUAGAGUGCAAUAUGUAAAUAUUGUAAAUAUCAGAAAAUAUAUGACCUUUAAAUAAACGUUUGUUAUAUAAUGUAGCGUGUGUUUGGGUUAUGCUUGUGCUUAUCUUAGCUGACGUCUGUUACCAAAGGAGUGUGGGAAAAUAUUUAUUUCUUACUGAUGUCAUAGCCAGUUGUAAUGACAGUGUUUGACUUUAAUGCUUAUAUUUGAAUUUGUGGCAAGGAAAGCAAUGAUUUAUAGUAAACCACAGGGACUUCAUUUUAACA